GAGGAUUGGACUGCUAAAUUAGUACAAGGUGACAUUAGAAAGUCUCUCAGGACUAGUAACUCCGUGUCUCAGUACGACCACGCAGAACACAGGUGCGGCUGUUUGUUUGGGUGAUGUUCCGGAGGCUAACUGACGUUGAUAAGUAGCCUGCGAGCUGACGGCGGUAUGUCGUCGUUGCCUGGUGCAAAAGUCCGGCGAAACAAACAGAAUGUCAGCCGCCUUGCAGUUCUGCAUUAAUUUCAAGCUUGCUGUGCCCGUUCUCUGAUAUCUGUAAUGAUAUUACUGCUGACACAUAGGGGGAUGAGACGACGCAUGCACCUUUGGGCCCUUUGACUCUCUAUGUGGGUUCAGGAUGGCGCAGGGAGGCUCUCAAGUCGACUACCACAUCCUGCAAGACCUCAAGCAGCGAUUUCCAGAAAUCCCAGAGGGAGUAGUUUCUCAGUUCCUUCUACAGAACAACAAUAAUCUGGAUGUUUGCUGCCACCUGCUGUCCCAGGAGAGUAACAGAUAUCUCUAUGGUGACUUCCAUCACAGUCCGGAGGAGAUGCGAAUGAGUCGAAACCACAUGCUACACAUUAGCUUGGGCUAUCCAGGUUCAGAGGCUGGAAAAUCAAACGGAGGAGGAGCAGCAGGGGGGCGCUCCUUGGUGCACAGCACCAGCGACGGUCACAUCGACCCUCAGCGGCCGAGCUACCCUGAACCCCAGUCGGCUCCCGCCACCAUGGCGCCCUCCCCCAGUUACAAUCCUUUUUUUAUGAACGAUCAGAGCCGCUCAUCCAGCACACCCACGCCUCCUCCCACAAUGCAAGGCAUGUCCCCCACGUAUACACCAGUUCCACGAUAUCCUAUGAACCCUAUUACUGUCACCCUUUCGCAAACCAUACCUACAGUCCAUCAGGCGCUGCAGAUUCCUCCAGGGCACUAUGUUAACAGCACCAAUAACACCCUGUACAUCCGGCCCUCUCCUUCUCAGAGCCCACAGCCAGCUCCCUGGCCGUCUCCUGGAGCCCCCGUCUACCAGCAUCAGCAGUCCCCAUACAGUACCCCCACAUAUGGCUCCCCUUACAGCUCACCCCAACAUCAGGUCCAGCCUCAGCCACAACCACAGCCUCAACCUGGGCACCAGCAAUAUGUCUUCCUCCCUAUUAGCCCCCCAAACCUCACAAAUAUGCCCUACCAUCACCAGCAGCAAGCUCCGCAACAGUACAGGCCCUACCAACCGAAAACCUCUCUCACAAAACAGAUAGAAAUCACCCUGGAAGGACCAAGACCUCGCAGCAACUCGCCUGUUCACACCCCACACCCCCAGGGCUCGCUAUACAUGGCGACAAGCCCCUCACCCAGCUCCCCAUCGCGCCCCAUCACGAUUGGCGGACCCCCUGGACCAGCGACUUUCCACCCGGGAAUGUACUUGCAACACCAAGGCAACACAAGGCCUCGGCAGGCGUCCUCCCCCCAGCCAGGCCAGUCUGCCUAUACCUUCAAAAUUAAAGUGUCCCCUGGAGGCCAGGUUCAAAGACCACCCAGCUCACCACCUGUUGCUGAAGCUGAGUCUCUUCUCAACAUUGUAGAUCAGGGUGCGCACAGCGCCACCCCAGCACCCAUCCUGCCCAUCUCCGCUCUGCCAGGGAACAUCGCCACUCAGUUUCAUCAAUUACCCCGACGCUCAAGCUCAGCCUCUGAUGACUAUGCCUAUACACAAGCUCUUCUGCUCCACCAGCGGGCGAGGAUGGAGCGUCUGGUAAAAGAGCUGCACAUGGAGAGGCAGAAACUAGAGCAGUUGAAGACUGAUGUCAAUAACAUGGAGUACGAUGCCCUCCAAAGGCGUUUUCGACGGGUCAACUCCACACAUCUUGUUCCCAAACCGGAGGAGAUUACCCGACUUCGAACUCACAACAGACAACUGCAGAUUGAUAUUGACUGCACACUGAAGGAAACAGAUCUGCUGCAGUCCAGAGGAAAGUUUGACCCAAAAGCAAUGUGCAACUUCUAUGACAACAUUCAGCCGGGUCCGUUGGGUCCGACCAAUCCUGGGAAGAAAGAAGGGGAGCAGGCCUCCAAGCCGACGCCUCAAAGAGAUGAGGAUUUUGAAGGAGCUCACUGGAACUGUGAUAGCUGCACCCUCCUCAACCACCCUGCACUCAACCGCUGUGAGGCGUGUGAAAUGCCACGCUACAGCUGAACUUGGCAUGGCACUGCGUCGCCCAUCCCUGCCCUGAUCUUUGCAAAUCUUCAGACAUCCUGAGCCCCAACUCUCAGAAUCUGUCUUGACGUCUGCUCCUGUCAAUCGAUAUACAAGCUGCCCUUUCCCCUUCUACCUGCUGAGGAAGAGCCACUAUCUCCCCUCUGAUUUCUUCUCCUCCUGCCCACUACUGUGCACUAUGAUCAUUGUUUUCUUUGGUGGAUCAUGAACCUCCUGGCAUUUGUCGAAAAACAAAAAACAAGAAGGGGCUGGAAAAGGUGCAACCGCAGCAGUGACGGAGACAACGUGGUUUCUGGAUGGAGGAGAAGCGACUGUGGUUUACUUAGGGAACAUUCCAGGCAGAGGAGAGUGACUGCCCUGUUUACACUGUGCCCAUUACUGAACUCGGAAAGGAGGCACGUCCACUUUAAUCCAGGACUUGUGUGUUUCACAAUGACAGCAGAACAAUGAACGAAGUGGUAUGUAAGUUGUGACAAAUGCGAAUUGUAGAUUGUACACUGUAUCCAGCUCCGUGUGGGAGCUCGUAUCACUGAAAGAACACUAAAAGACACUUGCAUAAAAAGUAUGCGCUUUGUACUUUUAUGCAUAUUAUGCCAUCAUGUAUUACGUGUUCAGAAGAUGUUGAUUUCCUGUGCAAAUGCCUCAACUUGCUGUACUUAAUAAAAGAGCUGAUUCUAUGUGACUUGA